UAGAUGCAGCCCGACAAACGGCAACAGUUCUCGCAAGAAACUCAAACCGAUCACUCCUAAUCGUAAUCAGUCAAUACAGACCUAGUCCAUUUCCAAAAUGUUCAAGCUGGUGGUAUUGUCUGCUCUGCUCGCCGUAGCCGCUGCCCGUCCCGGUCACCUGUUGGAGUCCUCCCCGCUGGUCUACGCUGCCCCAGCAGCAACGACCAUCGUCCAGGAGCCCGUUCUGGCCAAGGUGGGAGCCGUGGUCAAGAGCGUGCCCACCGCCGUGAGCCACCAGAGCCAGUCGGUGGUGCACAGCCACGCGCAUGUUGUUGAGGACGUCGUUGCUCCGGUGGUAAAGUCCACUCCGGUGGUCAGCUAUGCUGCUGCCGCCCCAGUGGUUCACACCUCCUAUGCCGCUGCUCCCGUUGUCCACACUUCCUACGCCGCCGCCGCUCCCGUUCUGGCCACAUCCUACGCCCAAGUGGCCGCCUCCUCGCCGCUGACCUACACCGCCACUGGUGUGUGGUAAAUCCAUGGCCCGGCCCACUCCCAAUCCGAUAGCUCCAACUACUGACAGGUGACCAGGAUGCGUGUGCAUCGCUGGACGGUUUGUGAUACGAAUUUAAAUAAAUAAAUGUUUUGCUUUGAAA